CUAUCACCUUUUGGAUAAAGCGAUUGCCUGAAGACUUCCGAUUUACAGGCAUUUUUGGCGUUCAUAUGCCGGUCAUGUACGGGGAGAGAAAGAAUGCUUUUGUUCGCCUUCAAAAGGAGGUGAUGAACCUUACGGAUGACCUGUCGCUAUUUGACUGGGUCGGAGAACCCUCGGAGCUUCAUUCAUACUUUGCAUCGCACCCCAGCUGUUUUGCAAACCCUCCAGCUGGAUCCGGGAGGAGCUUGUCGAAAUUCUCUCACCCUCGGUUUUUUCAGGCCUCCAAGGCCUUUGCCAGCGCCGUUGGUUCUACCGUCGUGAUGAAUAUCAAGAAACUUCUUCUUGACCCUCCUUAUGGCCACUUCAUUGCUAACGGGAAGAUGAACAUGCCGCUAUUUGUUCAUGAGGUUACGAAGCUGAUUCCGGCAGACGCAACGGAGUCUCCCACUCUUAAUGACGAUGGCUUUGUUGACUAUCUUGUCAAGGCUGAAGGUCUCGCUGAGCUUAUUCCAUCAGAAGAUGCUGUGAAGAAAGCAGAUGAAGAAACAGGAUCCGGAUCCGGAGAUGGAGAUGGAGAUGGAGAUGGCGAGCAUCAUGAAAGGUUUAUUCAUGCCCCCCAUUGGCUGGACAGGUCGGAUGUAUUAAGUCCUAUGGCCACUGCGGUGACCGCUGCAGUGUCUCAUAAUGCAGUGACCAUGUUCAUGUCUCGUCUUCGGGAACCUUUCGUCGCACAGUUGCUGAUUCAGAGAAAACAAGGAGGGCCUUACGAGAGAGUGGGAACAAGAGAGCGGUUGAUAGCGGCACCUUCGUCGGGCUCCAUCACCUUUCGAGGAAUCAAGAUUCUAAGUGUUCGUUGAUUAAAUCAUUUCGAAAUCGUACGGUAUGCUACUUGUAUCUGUACAGCAGUCCUGUGUGGGAGUAGCUCAGACCAGGCAAUGCCAUAUCUCCUGUACCAAUACAUGAAAAAUCCAAGCCCCGUGGCCUCCACUCAUCGACAUACACAGCGAGCGCGCGCUAUCCAGUCGGGAUCCGCUGAGUCGCCGUGUUCCGGAAUACACGCUUAGUCAUCCUCCCUGU